AUGGACACUCUUAACAGAAUAGUUGGACGUUCAUCAUCAAGGAACCAAUCGGAAGAUCUUGGGAUUGGAUGGAAAGUUUUAUCUGCAGUUGCAGCUACAGCAGUAAUACUAGAAAUAGCUUCCCUAAUAUUAAAUGGGUGGAGAGUUGCUCCAGCAAUAACAUAUCAGUAUACACAAAAGGGUAAUAUUAAAACAUGGCAGGUUUCAGAGUCCGAGUUUGGAUUGUACUUAUUCAGGUACAAUGGUGGAUCAUCAGUAAGACCCUGGUCAUCAGUAGAGCAGUAUAUUUGCAGUUGGAUUGGCACAUAUGUAAGUUAUUCACAGGUUCAAGAAACAUUAUGGGGUAGUAAUUGUUCAAGUGACUGCCAGACUGCUUUAAGGACACGAUGCUCCUCCUAUGUCAAAUUUGCAAACGGUGGAUAUUUAUGUAUGUCUGCAUUAACCAUAUCAGUGAUUAUCGGGAUAGUUGGCAUAGUUUGGUUAUUCGUCUUUGGGAAAAGUAAGAACUUUUUAUUAUUUGCUUGGAGUACAUCAACUAUAUUAUCAAUUGCUGGAAUUGUAUAUUGGUGUUAUUCAACAUAUGAAGCUAUAAGUGGUAUUGUUUCAACACAGCAGUAUCCCUAUCCUGCAUUAGGCUAUGCUUCAUAUUUAGCAAUGUGCGCUACAGCAUGCUUCUUAGUUUGUGCUAUUGGUGUUCUUGUUGUUCAUUAUCUCGAGGCUAGAGCUACUCGUGAGGCGCGGCAAGCAGAAAUGAUACAAAAUGUCGGAGAAUCUUGGAUCCCUGGUAUGGGUCUUUCACCUGGUAUUGGUCUCCAGCCUGGUAUGGGUCCUCCAUCUGGUAUGAAUCUUCCACCUGGUAUGGGUCCUCCACCUGGUAUGGGUCCUCCACCUGGUAUGGGUCCUCCACCUGGUAUGGGUCCUCCACCUGGUAUGGGUCCUCCACCUGGUAUGGGUCCUCCACCUGGUAUGGGUCUUCCACCUGGUAUGGGUCCUCCACCUGGUAUGAGAAGGCCAAGUACAAUGGGGAAUUCUGUUGCAAACUCUUUGCCAGGUACACGACGGUAA